GAUUGCGCGACGCGGCCAUGGCGUGCGCGGCGAGAUCGGCGACGACGAACGCGACGACGGCGGCGCGGAGACGCGAAGCGACGACGCGCGCGGGACGACGACGCGGGAUGACGGCGACGGCGCGCGCGACGGCGGCGAACGGGGCGGGCGAAAAGUCGCGGAUCGGGCUGUGCGGACUCGCGGUGAUGGGACAAAACCUGGCGCUGAACGUGGCGGAGAAGGGAUUCGACAUCUCGGUGUACAAUCGAUCGAGCGAUAAGACGGACGUGUGCGUCGAACGGGCGAAGAAGGAGGGAUUGGGGGCGAAACUGCGAGGGUAUCACGAGAUGAAGGAUUUCGUGGCGUCGCUGGCGAAGCCGCGAUGCGUGAUAAUCUUGGUGAAAGCGGGCGCGCCCGUGGACGCCACGAUCGCGGGAUUGUCGCAGUUUCUCGAACCUGGAGAUUGCAUCAUCGAUGGUGGGAACGAGUGGUACGAAAACACCGAACGACGAUCGAAGGAGGCGGCGGAGAAGGGAUUGCUGUACGUCGGCAUGGGCGUGAGCGGAGGCGAGGAGGGCGCGCGCAACGGACCGUCCAUGAUGCCGGGUGGGUCCAAGGAAGCGUACGAUAUCAUCGCUGAUAUCUUAAAGCCCGUGAGCGCGCAGACCGAUUCGGGGGCGUGCGUGACGUACGUCGGCCCAGGAGGCGCCGGGAACUUUGUCAAGAUGGUGCACAACGGCAUCGAGUACGGCGACAUGCAACUCAUCUCCGAAGCGUACGACGUGUUGAAAACCGUCGGCGGGUUGACGAACGAUGAACUCGCGGCUGCGUUCACGGAAUGGAACGAGGCGGAGUUGGAAUCGUACCUCAUCGAGAUCUCCAGCAUCAUUUUGGCCAAGAAGGACGACCAGUCUGGCAAGAGCGACGACUUUUUGGUGGACAAGAUCCUCGACAAGACUGGCAUGAAGGGCACUGGAAAGUGGACGGUGCAGCAAGCCGCGGAAUUGUCCAUCGCUGCGCCGACGAUCGCGAGCUCUCUUGACGCCCGAUGCUUGUCCGGAUUGAAGGAUGAACGCGUCAACGCCGAGGCGUUUUACGCCAAGCUCGGCUUGGCACCCGCCGGCGCCAUGGGCCCGGCGGACAAAAAGCAACUCAUCAACGACGUGCGAUAUGCUCUGUACGCUUCCAAGGUGACUUCCUACGCCCAAGGCAUGAACCUGAUUCGCGCCAAGUCCAACGAGCAAGGCUGGAACUUGAACCUCGGCGAAAUGGCGCGCAUCUGGAAGGGCGGCUGCAUCAUUCGCGCCGGCUUCUUGGACCGCAUCAAGAACGCUUACGACCGAGACUCCAAGCUCCCGUCUCUUCUCGUUGACGAGCAGUUCGCCAAGGAAAUGAUCGAACGCGAAGCUUCGUGGCGUCGCGUCGUCACCGCCGCCAUCAACGCCGGUGUUUCCGUGCCGUCCAUGAGCGGUUCUCUCGCGUACUUUGACACUUACCGCCGCGCGCGCUCGCCGGCAAACUUGGUGCAAGCGCAGCGUGACUUCUUCGGUUCGCACACGUACGAACGCACCGACAUGGAAGGCUGGUAUCACACGCUCUGGAGUGAUAUGAACAGCGCUGACAGCAUCACCACGUCUGGCUACAAGGCGUAAAUAAAAGCGAUGAUGGUCCGUCGCCCGUCGGGAUUUUUGUUUUAUUCACCGAUGAGGGAGCUUUUCCUUCUCUUAGCGCGCGCCGCAAGCAUGCCUGCUUCAUAGUAAAUUCGCUCAGGCGUU